UCUCUGUCCGAACCCGAGCAUGCAAAUCAAACCCUAAAAAUUCUCUCUCAUCAAGCUCAACCACAAAAACCCCAAGUUCCCAUUUCCCACCUUUUUUUUCCAUCAAACCCCCCGAAAAAAUUUCAAACUUCUCCCGCCAUUUCUCAAUCCCCUCUACAUAAUCCCCUCCUCCAUUAUCUCUCCUCUCGCUUAGGUGUCUAGGGUUUCGGCGUUGAUGAGGGGAUUUGGGCCUAGGGUUUCGAUAUGAGCGCUGUGAACAUUACCAACGUCACUGUUCUCGACAAUCCUGCUGCGUUUCUGAAUCCGUUCCAGUUCGAGAUCUCCUACGAGUGCUUGCUCCCCCUCAAGGACGACUUGGAAUGGAAACUCAUCUAUGUUGGAUCUGCUGAGGAUGAGACAUAUGACCAACUUCUUGAAAGCGUUCUUGUCGGCCCUGUAAACGUUGGCAAUUACCGUUUCGUCUUUGAGGCAGAUCCUCCAGAUCCUUCGAAGAUCCGAGAUGAAGACAUCAUAGGUGUUACAGUUCUUCUACUUACCUGCUCUUAUUUGGGCCAAGAGUUCAUCAGAGUAGGGUACUAUGUUAACAAUGACUAUGAUGAUGAACAACUCAGAUUAGAACCACCAUCAAAAGUAUUAAUCGAUAGAGUUCAAAGAAAUAUCCUCGCUGAUAAACCUCGUGUUACCAAGUUCCCUAUUAAUUUUCAUCCUGAUUCCAAUGAAAACGGCGAGCAAGAGCCUCCUGCAUCUUUACCCGAGAAUCAUCCUACUGAUGAUCCUCCACCUGAAGAUUUGCCACCUUCCCCUAACAAUGAAGGCUAAAAAGCUUAUAAAAUUGAGAGUUUUGAUAGAAUUGAAGUGUUUAACAUCUGACUGUAUUCUUGGUGAUGAAAUUUUUGUGUUUCACUGGAUGGGCAGUUUAUGAUAAAUAUCUCCUUUUAAAGCUUUUUUGUGAUUGGAUUUAGUGAAGUUAAAGCCUUGCUUGGAUUGGUUA